ACAACAUUUCAAUAAUAUUUUCUUUCCACUCUAACUAGAAAUGUUUUUGCCUGCCUGCUGUUCUACAGGAAAAUUCCUGCUCCAAACAUCAAAGAAGCGUCUACAUCUGGAGACGUAGAAACAGAAAAAACAGAAAAAAAUGAAAUGGAUGUAGAGACAAAAGAACAGAGUGGUAGUGAGGCAGCAGCACAGGAACCUGAUGAACAGGAUAAAACGAGUUUGAUUCCAGGCUUCAAGUACAAGGGCUUGCUGAACCAAGGAUCAACAUGUUACCUGAACAGCGUUCUCCAGGUGUUGUUCAUGACCAGAGAGUUCAGAGAGGCCGUGGAAAGGUACAACAAUGAAGACGACUCUCCUGAUUUCCAUCUUAAAAGUCUUUUUAUGGAUUUGAAGAAAAAUACAGGCGACACUAAACACAUCACUAAGAAACUGGACAUUACAUCAGGAUUCGAGCAGCCUGAUGCAGCUGAGUGUUUGCAGAACAUUCUGAGCAAUUUGACCAGUUCUGUGGCCUCAAAGCUAUUUAAAGGUGUGAGGAUUCUUAAGAACAAAUGCUCUCAGUGCAAGAAGGAGACCAAAACAUCUGAGCCAUUCUGGAGACUUCCUCUUCUGGUAGAUGACGACAAAGACUACAAUGUGGAGGAUGGCAUCAUCAAGUACUUCAGUGACCUUUGCUUCAGCGGGGAUCGGUUCUGUGAAAGCUGCAACACCACAUAUGACUCUACUGAUAAACUGGAACUAAGGAAACAUCCAGAAGUUCUGACCCUGCUGUUGAAAAGAGUUCAGCUGGACCAUUUGAAGAAAUAUGCAAAAAUCAGUGUGACAAUUCCCAGGUUCCUGCAUAUCCCACCUAGUGGAGACCAGAGUCACAUAUAUGAGCUGUAUGCAUAUGUGGAGCAUAUUGGUGAGAGAAAUGGUGAAUACACUGCUACAAUAAAAUCCCAGGAUGAUGACAAAUGGUACAACUAUGAUGACACCAGGGUCUCACAGAGUUGUCCCCAGCCCUUCCAAGUGGAUAAUGAAGAAAAGAACCCUUAUGUCUACCUGCUGUUCUACAGGAAAAUUUCUGCUACAGAGUCUGUGACUGAAGACAUCAAUGAAGCAUCUUCAUCUGGAAGCUUUGAGCCAGAAACCACUGAGCAAAGUGAAGUGAGCGUAGAGGCCGGAGAACAGGGUGGUGGGAAGGAACGUAACAAGGGCAGAGAGGAGUCUGAGAAGGAAACUGUAAAAGAUGCUGAAAGCAAACUAGAUGGAAGAACAGACAAACAUGAAGGGACAAAGACUUUAAUUCCAGAUCAAAAAAGUAUGAGUAAUGAAAAGAAGAGACAUAAUCAAUCAGACUCUUCAAAGGUUCUUCAGCCACAUGUAGACGGUGUUGGUGAGAAACAGGAUGGCAGGUCAAGAGUGGAUAACAGAAAAGAUGAAGAUAAGAUGAUGACCCCUCAAAGUGAAAGAGGGGCUAUUAGGGCUUGGGUCCAAAAAAAAAUGACAGAAGUUUAUGACUCUGUUUCCAAACGAGUAUGUUGGACCCAGAGUGGAAUGGGUCCAUGUUCAGGCUACGAGUACAACGGCUUGAUGAACCAAGGAUCAACAUGUUACCUGAACAGCGUUCUCCAGGUGUUGUUUAUGACCAGAGAGUUCAGAGAGGCCGUGGAAAGGAACACCAAUGAUGAGGAAUCUCUUGAUUUCCAUAUCAAGAAUCUUUUUAUGGAUUUGAAGGAAAAAACAGGUGACACUAAACACAUCACUAGGAAGCUGGGCAUUACUUCAGUGUAUAAACAGCAUGAUGCUGCCGAGUGUCUGGAGAAUAUUCUGACCAGUUCCAAGGCCUCACAGCUAUUUGAAGGUUUGUUGACGAUCAAGAACAAAUGCUCUAAAUGUGAACAAGAGAGCAGAACAUCUGACCCCUUCUGGAGUCUUCCUCUUGAACUGGUUCAUAGUAACAAAGACUACAGUGUGGCCGAUGGCAUCCACAGGUAUUUCAGUGAGUCUAAUCUCAGCGGACAAGACCAGUUGUUCUGCGAACGCUGCAACACCAAGUCUGAUUCUAUUAACAAACCGGAAAUGGAACGCCAUCCAGAAGUUCUGACACUGCUGCUGAAAAGAUUCAAGUUUGACUACAGUUUGAUGAACUAUGUAAAAAUCAAACGCAGUGUGCAAAUUCCCAAGCUCCUACAAAUCCCAAUCAGUGGAGACCAGAGUCAGAAAUAUGAGCUGUAUGCAUUUGUGGAGCAUCUGGGUGAGCUGAGAUUCGGACAUUACACCGUAUCAAUCAGAUCCCAGGAUGAUGGCAGAUGGUAUGACUUUGACGACACCAGGGUCACACUGAGUCCGUAUCAGUACUUCCAAUUGGAUAAUGAAGAAAAAAACUGCUCUGCCUACCUGCUGUUCUACAGGAAAAUUUCUGCUGCAGAGACUCUGAUUCAAGACAUCAAUGAAGCAUCUACAUCUGGAAGCUUCGAGCCAGAAACCACUCAACAAAGUGUAGUGAACAUAAAGACCAAAGGACAGGAUGGUGGGGAUGAAGCAGCUGGGAAUGAACGUAACAUGGACAGAGAGGAAUCUGAUAGGGAAACUGUAAAAAAUGCUAGCGACAAACAAGAGGGAAGAACAGACAAACAUAAAGAGAAAAACAGUUUGAUUGAUCACAAUAAAACUCAAAAUAUUAAUGAUGGUGAAAGAGCACCAAACAGUGAUAUUGUGGAUGGUGUUAAUACAGGAGAAAGUGACAGGGCGAGCGUGGAUAAACAAGAAACUGAUGGGUCCUCAAAACAAAACUGAGACUCAGAGGCUUUUGACCAAAUUAGAUCUUUGUAAAGAUUUUACGAAAGAUCGAGGGGUCAAUGAGCAAAGUGUAGAUGAUGUUAAUGAAGGCGGGGAUGGCAGGACUAGUGUGGAUGACAAGACUCAAAGCGAUAACACGACGAGUCAUUAUAAACAUCAGCUUUCAAAGACUGAUCAGGAGAAUGAAAAAGAUCAAUGUUCAGAUAAAAGUGAAACGGACUUGACAAAUAAAAGUUGCAGUGAAAAUCAGAAGCAUGUCAAAAGUUCGUCUGACAACCAAGAGAUCAAAGAUCAGAAUGUGGGCAAACAAAAAGAUAUCCAUCCGGAGACAGAUGAAAGUAAAAACAAAACUUCUUUAGAGCUUAAAGAGUCAGCCAAUCAGAGCAAUCGAACAAAUCCUAAUGCACAAAAUCAAAAUCCGGACUCAAAACAACAAUUUUGUGACAAAUCAAGUGGUAAUUUUUCUACAAGUUGUACUGAGGAGAAUAAUUCAAGUGUUCAGAAAUCAAGAGAACCUCUUAAAAGAGUAGGUGUGGGCAAGCUAUGCCUGACACUUACAGCAAAAGCUCCACCAACCAAAACCGGUGUUCAGAACACUGUUGGGUUGCAAAAUAUGGGUUUGAAAGAUCCAAUAGAAUCUCAGAACAGUGGCCAAAACAUUAUUGCAAGAACUGCCUGUUGUGCAGGGGGUCAGAGUUCAACUAUGCCUGAUGAUGGUGAAAUGGCAGAAGUUUCAACUGAUGUAAAAAUUCAAGUUGAGAGUGACGAUUCACAUGUACCUGAUCAAAAAGGUGUUUGUGAUUUUCUACCAAUCUGUAGGUCUCCAAGAAUGUAUAAAUAACUGAUAGUAAUUUUCGUUAUUAUCAGUCUACCAUUAAUAGCGGCAGAUAUCGGCAUUCAAAUUUUAUAUUGGAAAAGAUUGGUAUUCUGCUUUAAGACAACUUUUACAUACCAUACACAUAUUAUACAUAAAAAGCUUCAGCUCUGUCUUAAAAUGUAAAAAUAUCACAGAUCUGAUGUAAACUUUUUCAGAUAUUUUAGUUUGGCACAACUUGUGUUGCAGACAUUUGCCCUGUGUAGUGAUAAACAACAAAAACCGGAAUCUUCAACCAAGGUGUGAUUUUCUUAUAUGAAAAUCUUUAUAAAUGUUUCAUCACCAUAGAUGCAAUUUACAGAAAAAGAAAAAAAUGACAUUACUAACUAAUGCACACAUCUUAAUGUCACGCUUAAGGAAAAUGAGAUUCAGCUGUUGUUUGAGACAAAUUUAAGUAGUGGUCAUUUUGCUCAUAAAGUAUUUAAAAUGUAAGCAUGCAUGAUAGGAGACAUGUGAUGUGAGUAAUCCAAAAUGUUUUACUUUUUUGCAUUUUUAAUGAGAGGGGUACCCCGCAUAUAUACCGUAAUUUUUGGACUAUAGAGCGCACCAAAAUAUAAGCCGCACCAACAACAAAAAAAAAGGUUUUCUACACACACAUGCUGCACUCGAAUACAAGCCGCGGCGCAGCAGCCACAUGCAAGUCGCCGGCGCACAGCGCAUGUAUGGCCAUAACAUAAGAUAAUUAGACAGAAAGACGCUACACGGAGGUUUUUCAUUGUUGUUUUAAUUCAACAAAACGGAUUUUAAACACGGGUGAACGUGCCUGCAAGUUUAGAAAAGAAAACAGCACUGAUAGCAUUCAUAUUUCUGGAUGGUUAUAAAAUAAAAACAGCGCUGACACGUUAUUACUGGUAAUUUGCAUGUUUAGAAGAAAAGAACAGCGCUGACACAGCAUUAAUAAGCCCUGGAUGAUUAGAAAAUAAAAACUGCACACAAAACAUGCCUGGUUAGUAAAUAAAACACACUUGCCUACCAGAAAAAGUCAUUCGCUCUCAUCUUCCUCUUGCGCAUUAAAGCCAUUAAAGUCCUCUUCUUCAGUGUCGGAGUUGAACAGCCUCAGAAGAGCUUCGUCACAUACCUUUUCUGUGGCGAUGUCAGUGUCGCUGUCCGUGUUGCUGUCAUCAUCCCCGGGUGAAGCUGGCUUGAAUGAGUUCUUCCCGCUGCCGUCUCCAGCGCCGAACCAUGGAUUCAUUCAUGCCAAGCUUACGUGCGGCAGCACUGUUUCCCUCCUUUACUGCCAGAUCGAUGGCCUUCAACUUAAAUGCGGCAACAUAUGAACUCAUACGUGUAGUUACCAUGAUGAGGGGGUAUGGAUUAGAAAAAAAUUCUUCGUCGUGCCGGCUGCUUGCAUGUGCUAAAUUAAAAUGAGCACUUUCUUCGAUUUCCGCUUCUGACUUCCACUUGUUUCACUUUCUGCUAAAGCGCCCCCUGGCAGGUGAAGGAAAUCUUCAGUAAAGCCGCACCUCAUUAUAAGCUGCAUGGUUCAAAGCGUGGGAAAAAGUAGCGGCUUAUAGUCCGGAAAAUACGGUAUGUAUACAUUUAUAUUUGUAUCAGAAAUUAAGAGUCCACAAUAUCGGGAAAACAAGUCAAUACUGAGUGUCCCUAAUAGCUGAUCAGAGAUAAAAGUCUGAAUGAGACAAAGAAAAAUUAUCCUCAUCCAGAAUCACACCAUUUUCUUUUUUUUUUCAUUUCUAACAGUUUGAAUGAACCUGAAAAUGUAUGAAAUGUUUUGACCAUUGAAAUUUUAUAUUUGAAAUAUGUUUUUGAUAGAUAAGAACGUUUAACUAACAGUGUGUAAAUAAUUUUUGUAGAAGCAUGAUAUAAUGUGCAGAGUUUUAUGCUUGCCUUGGUUAUUUAUCAAUAUAUUUCAUGUACUUUAUUGAAGUAAUUAAGAAGACCUUUGCUUUUAAUACUUAUGAUAUUUUUUAAAGAGCUAUUGCCUCCUAAUUCAUUCAAAAAUUUCACUUAAUUUUGUUACGCUUGUUUUUCAGUUAUAGCAUUGAUUAGUUACUUGAGCUACUGUUUUAAUACAAAUGUUAUAAAUAUGUACCAGCCUGAACUACUUACUAUUUUAUUUUUUAUGUCAGGAACAACCAAGUGAGGUAUGGGUGUGAUUAUGCAAAGAAAACACUUGUGAGUGAUGCCUGUUUUAUUGACCAAACAAAGAAACAUGUUUAUUUUUAUCUUAAAUCUAUAAUAAACUAAUUUAAACUA